GGGCCUGGAGGGGGAGGGCAUGAAGGAGAAGGGCCUGGAGAUGGAGAGGGAGGAAGAGAGGAAGGAGGGAGAAGAACUAGUCGAUCAGAAGAAGGAAAGAUUAAACAGGAAAGAAGCCAUUUCCAGACUGUGAGACGUAGGCGAGUCAGGAGGGAAUCUAAUGAUACAGACAAUGGAGCCGGGUAUAGACAGAUAGUGACAGUAGAAACAAGGCAAAGACGAGCAAAUCCUGGAACAUCAACGGAAGGAAAUAUAACCGGCGAUGUUCAAGAUGAAAGUGAAAGUAGACGUGGGAAUGUCCCAACGAGACACACUCGUGAUGAGGAAGUCAUCCAUACAGAAGAGACAAGUUUGGUUAAAACAACUGAAGAGAGUGAAGAGAGCGAUGUCCUGAUUAACAGUGGAAAUUCCGUUGAUAUAUACAGGAGAGAAGCGCCAGCUCAAGCUUCUUUUUCACGAAAGAAGAUAAAUCGAAGCCAGGAGACGAAAAUGGAGGUACCCACAAACAAUGUUGGGGUAUGGAAGUUUGGCGAGGAGAAUUUCUUCACUUCCGUUCCAAAGGUGUGGACGGUUUCGGAUUGCAUUGCGCAUGUGCAAAACACAAUAGGAAGACACGGAUACGGUGUCCUUGACCUCUGGAUCAAAAAUCGUUGCAUCAUGUUAGACAAGACGAAAUCCCUUUCAGAUUACCCCGGACUGAAAUCUCUUCACGUGGUCAGAAGACCGACCUCCAGAGACCCACAUCCGUUGCACCAGACGUCACGAGUUGAUGAUACUGACCCCUAUUGCGAAGACACGUGUGUGGGCAUGUGCUGUGGUCAUGCUAUAUCUCCAGACAAUCUUUAUAACUACGUAUGGCAAAAGAUAAAAAAUGGCGCUACGGAAGUGACGUGCCCAGCUAUACCGGAUGCUACAAAACCCAGAGAACAAUGUUCAAACGUUUGGGAAUUUAAAUCUAUUAGUAUGCUGGCUUGUCUGUCGGACGACGAAAACUAUCUGUUCUGUGACAAACUUUUUUCGAACUGGUUGGAAAAGGAAGCAGAUGUAUAUAUAUGCCCUACUUGUAACGAGGCUAUACACAGUAGUUGUGUCAGUGUGUUUAAAUGCUUCUACUGUGAACAAGGUGGAAAAUCGCAUUCCUUCUGUGUCAAGUGUAAUCGCGCUGCUAAUGGUAACUCUUGUUUUAACAAUGAGUGUCAGGAAAGUCUCCCGAAAGUAAAAGCUUUGUUAAAGGAUUGUCGAAUGAGAACUAUAAUUGGUGUUCCGAACUGUCCUUCCGUUCGCGCAUGCCCAGUGUGUCAAUGUGUCAUUGAAUACGAGGAGGAGGACCUUUGUAAACAUAUGACGUGUCCAAAGAACACUUGUAAGGCACAAUUCUGUUUUAUUUGUCUGAAGGUGAAGACUGACAAGUAUUACUAUCCGUGUGGUGGCGCUUUUGAGCCUUGUCAGCCUACCCCGAGACAAAUAAUAUAAACAUUGAAUUAACAAUUCAUAAUUUCAGUAUACAUUUAAAGGAACCAUUUCAUAUCGCGAUACAAUUAAAUAUUUUUGAUGAUACUGUAUAAGGUACACUUAUACUUUCUUGCCAAUGUACAUUAAUUGUAUAAUUUGCUUUCACCUCUAAAGAGGUUAUUUUUUAAUAAUGUACGCUGUACAAUACCAAGCAUGGUAAAUAUAACGCCUUAGUUUAAGGUACAUAUAUAGAUGUGUUCUAGCACGGACUUAGAAAGCAAUAAAUUUAAUUCCGUGGUUCGAUAUUUAUGUGUAAAAUGGAACUUUUCAAGUCCAGAUAAAUUGUGUAUAUGUGUAUAGUAGAACCUUGUUAAUCCGGACAAAAUGUGUUUGUGAGUACUGUGGAACCUUAUUAGUCCGUACAAGUUUGUGUGAAUGUGUAUAGUAGAACCUUGUUAGUCCGGGAAAAAAUGUAUCUAUAUGUACAGUGGAACCUUACAAGACUGGGCAAGUUUUUUGUUGAUGCAUACAGUGGAAUCGUGUUAGUCCGGACAAGUUUGUGUUGAUGUGUGCAGUGGAACCUUCUUAGUCCGGGCAAGUUUUAUGUAUAUGUGUACAGUGGAAC